GAAGCUUGAAAUAUAUACUACUACCCCUAUAGACAUAUACAUCUUCAUCCACGCAUUAGUGCCACUCCUCACCCCUCACUCCCCCUUAGCCAAACUUCCCCUAAGAAAAAAAGAAAAAAAAAAGACAAAAAAAAAGCCAUGGCAUCCACCCCACCCCCGAAUAUCACCGUCAAAGACCUAACCUACACCUUCCCCGACUACCGCACCGGGAUCCGCAACGUCUCCCUCGCCGUGCCCCCCCGCAGCCGCACCCUCCUCAUCGGCGCCAACGGCGCCGGCAAAACCACGCUCCUCCGCCUCCUCGCCGGCAAGCGCCUGGCCCCGGGCGGGACGAUCAGCGUGUCGGGCGUCGACCCCUUCAAGGACGGGCUCGAGGGCGUGACGUACCUGGGCCUGGAAUGGGUGCUGAACCCGAUCGUGCGCACCGACAUCGGCGUGCGCGAGCUCCUGCGCUCGGUGGGCGGGGACGCGUACCCGGAGCGGCGCGACGAGCUGAUCGGCGUGCUGGACAUCGACGUCGCGUGGCGGAUGCACGCGGUCAGCGACGGCGAGCGGCGGCGCGUGCAGCUGGCCAUGGGGCUCGUGCGGCCCUGGACCGUGCUGCUGCUCGACGAGAUCACGGUCGACCUCGACGUCUUGUCGCGCGCCGAGUUCCUCGCCUGGCUGAAGCGCGAGACCGACAUAAGAGAGUGCACGAUCGUCUACGCGACGCACAUCCUCGACAACCUCGCGGGCUGGCCGACCCACCUCGUGCACAUGCACCUCGGCAGCGUGCGGGAGUGGGGGCCGACGGAGCAGUUCUUGGGUGAUGGGAGUAGGCGGGCGGAGAGCACGGGGAAUAGUCGCUUGGGGGAGCUGGUGCUCGAGUGGCUGAGGGCGGAUUUGAAGAAUAGGGGGCCGAGGAAUCAGAAGGAGAUGGGGACGGAGGGGCUGACGUACUCGCAGGGGGGGCUUGGUGGGUAUGGGUUGGAGAGCAGCGAGUCGAGGAAAUAGAGAAUGGCUUACAUCGGAAAGUGGGUUAGGAGAUUUCAAUAUGCUAGGAUUUACGAGAAUUUCCAUCGUUAUGGCUGGGUAGCUUGCGGGCAUGUGUGGUCAGAGAAAGGAUGCACUUAACUUGCAUUGCAUAGUGCAUAUUUAACACUGCGGCGAGGGGGGUGGUGAAGGGGACUCAACGAGCAUUCAUGAUACAAUUUGGGCGUAUUGGAUCGAGAAAAUCAGCAUAGAAAGAAGAUGCUUGCGACUAGGCUAGAAGAUGAUGGUAUGUCGAUACCCUUUCAACAGGAUCUA